CCAACAAUAACCAAUCUACUUUUCAUUAAUCUGAUGUUGUUUCAUGAACACAAACAACCCCAAUAAUUUUAUUAUUUUUGAAAAACAAGCAAAAGAAAAAGAAAAGGCCAAUUUGUUCAGAUUUGAAACAUUGUUCUGGUGUGGGCACUGUGCUAAGGUGCCAAGAUGGCCGAUCAGACGUUUAAGGUGGAUUUAACCAAACCACUCGUCUUUCAGGUCGGCCAUCUUAGAGCAUCUUACGACGAAUGGGUUCACAAACCUAUUAUCGGCAAAGACACCCCACGAUUUUUUGAAAAUGAUUUCAUGGAGCUCAUGACGCGCACCGUCUGGUGGGUAAUUCCUCUCGUCUGGCUACCCGUUGCAUCCUUCUUCGCCUCCUCAUCCGCAAGAGCCGGAAUUCCUCCUUGCCAUGUUGCAGCAGCAGUGGUUGGGGGUGUCUUCAUGUGGACUUUGAUGGAGUAUUGCUUGCAUCGGUUUCUUUUCCACAUGAAAACAACUACCUAUUGGGGAAACACACUUCAUUACCUCCUUCACGGCUGCCAUCACAAGCACCCGAUGGAUGCCCUCCGGCUCGUCUUUCCUCCGGCAGCAGCAGCAAUCUUAGCCGUUCCGUUGUGGAGCGCGUUCAAGCUUCUAACACCGGCACCCUAUUCCCCGGCUCUGUUCGGAGGCGCCUUGCUCGGAUACGUCGUGUACGAUUGCACACAUUACUACCUGCAUCAUGGAAAGCCAUUCAAAGGCAUAGCUCAUGAACUCAAGUGUAGAGAAAUCACAUGGACCAUCACUUCAGAAUUCAGCACAAGGGAUUUGGAAUCACUUCCACUUUGUGGGAUAGGGUGUUCGGAACUCUCGCUCCGAGAAUCGCCAAGAAAAUUAGCUGAUUACACGACUACACGAGUACACGAUUUGUCUUAGAUCGCGACUACAUAACGAAUAUAUGGUGGUGGUAGCAUUGUAUCUACUCGAAUGAGUUCAUGUGCUUUUAUAUAUCUCUACCAAAAUUCUUGUACAAUUCCAUUUUUGGUUAGGAUGAGAGGAAUUGGCACCCUUUUCUUUUUCUCUUUUAUUUGUAACUUAAAUUUUUCUUUGAGGACUAACAUAUACUAUUAACACAAUAGACUUCUUUGA